UGUUUCCGGAUACGGAGUGAGAACAUAGGACAAGAGUACUAACUACUCCCAAUUAUAAAAACAACAGCAGCUGCCACAUAUUUUAGGCAGAGCUGCAAGGAUCAAAAACACCCUAUCCUAUGUUCCAACCCAGAAACUGCAUUUUCUCAUCCCCAUAACAGAAAAAUGUCUCUACAGAAUCAGAAUCUGCAAAAUAAUGACAUGGCCUUGGUUCUAUCUAGUGAUGCAAAACCUAGACUCAAAUGGACUCCAGAACUUCACCUGCGCUUCGUCGAUGCCGUCAAUCAGCUUGGAGGUGCAGAUAAGGCUACACCAAAAUCAUUGAUGAGGGUGAUGGGCAUUCAUGGAUUGACACUGUACCAUCUUAAGAGCCACUUGCAGAAAUACAGGCUGGGAAAAAGUCAACAAUCACAACAUUAUAAUGAGAGUAAGCCGGAAGAGGAAAGAGAGAAUCAGAGGAGUCACUUUACUGCAGAAGUUUGCGAGGAAACUCAGAAUCAGACCAAUGAGAGCUUGCAGAUAGCCCAGGCUCUGCAUAUGCAAAUGGAGGUGCAGAGGAAACUAUACGAACAACUUGAGGUGCAAAGACAUCUGCAAUUGCGAAUUGAAGCUCAAGGAAAGUAUCUACAAUCAGUUCUGAAGAAAGCACAGGAAACACUUGCUGAGUAUAAUACUUCUGCUGCUGGAGUUGAACUUGCCAAGGCAGAACUUUCUCAACUGGUAUCAAUGGUUGACAUUGGCUGUCCAACUUCUUCCUUAUCUGCAUUGACAGAAAUUGAAGGCCCGAUCUUAAAAGACACAGACAAUAAGCAAUUGACAAGUAAUGGAUGUUCAAUGGAAAGUUCUCUUACAUCAUCUGAGAGCUCAGGGAGAAAGGAACAGACUCAACCAAUGCAUGAAAUUGACGAAAAGGGCAAGUGUAAUAGAAACAACAUCGUCCUCUCAUUGAUGGAAAUGCAGCCAGGACAAAACAGUAGAUCAAACAAUCAAGCCAGUGAAAGAAAAAGAACUGGAAGCAACACUUCUGUUGAAAAACCACUCCCGAAAAGAUUUCAACCCCAAAGAAGUGAUGAGCAAACAGGGCACCAGUAUCCUCCUCUAUUAGAUACGUAAGAAAUAUUCUUUCUCAUCCAUCCAGGAAGCAUUCAGCGUAGAGGAAGAAUCCCACCAUUCAUUCCAAGAAUCCUCUUUUCUUGCUUUUCUUCUGGGGACAGAAGGCAGAACAUAUUCAUGCCUACGCAAGUACUUAGAAGCUUUCUAGCAGCUGCUAAGAAUUUCUAGCAGCAGAAGGCAGAAUCCUACUUUCUAGCAGCAGCUAAGAAGCUUAAGAUACAAAUUUCCAGGAGAAAAUCCUACUUUCUAGCAGCAGCUAAGAAGCUUAAGAUACAAAUUUCCAGGAGAUAUUGGAGAUAAUCUGUUCAGUAUUGUGCUACAUGACUAAAGGGUAGAUACUAUCUAAUAAGAAAAUAAAAAUUGUGCAGUACUCAAAGCUAGCACGGUAGCAUUUUCAGUCCAA